UUUCAGGUUGAUAUUUCACCAUUAACUUCUCUAAAUUGGAUCUCACAUUUUGCAAGAUGCUUACAAUGGCUUUAGUUGGUUGCUUACCAGAUAAUGUCCAACAGGCUAUUAAAAGUUUUUCCAUUCGGCCUGGCAAACAACACAUCACAUUUGCUUUUCCUUUCAUGGAAGAAACAUUGCGUUCUUUUUGUGAAGCUGACAACAUCACACCCCUAGAUCAUGAAAACAAGUCCAGACUUGCAUCUGCGUCAACGGUGCUGUUCUUUGACGAGUGUCUAGAAGUUGUGCAUGGAUUUCAGACAUUUGUUACCAUUUUACCCCAACUUAACAAGCCCUGUCCAAGGAGUAGUCUUCCAGUAGUGAUGCUCACCCUCUACCAGAGAGACACCACAGAAGGAAUCUGCAGACAUUUUCAGAACCUCAUUCGAACCCUUAUAGAACACAAAACAACUCCCGAUUUCUGGAAAUUGCCUACCCUGUCCAAGAAGUAG